AUGGCAAGAAGGGGGAAAAGCGUAAAAAAGAAAGAAGAAAAGAAGGAAAGAUGGAGGGGGGAUGGGCCAGAUGCACCUCGCUGGGCCAUGGACGAGCUCAACUCGAUCUCCGGCGCCGAAGCAGCAGGGAUCGCGCCGAUCGAAGUUCGCCGUCAACAAGCGAUCCUUUUUCGGGUCUGCGAUGUGCAACCGAUUCCCGCCACUAUUGCAAGUUUUCUUUUUCGUUCCCUUCCCCCUGGAAUCUGCAAUUGUGCUGCUGGCUCGUGUCCUCCGAACGGGCAGCCGCCGCUGGGUGGCCCCUACUACUGUACAGGAUGUACUACUGGCUUGUCUGCCUACUUACCUAUUCCUCCGUCCCGCGCGACGGGACCCAGAAUCCCGGAAAAGAGACAGACCUACUUCCAGCAACCCCAAUCGGUUCGGGAGGAAAGAAACACUCGAAACUUGUCGAUCUGUCACGACAGGGCGAGCGAGUACCAGAGAAGCGGUCUUGAGCUAAGUUGA